GAGCUGCCAGCCCUCAGCGGCUGCGGCUUGUGUUCCCUACGAGCCGAGCUGCACCCAUUAACCAGGACCAGCGGUUCUCCGUCAGCUGUGUCAGAGAGCUUUUCAGCUCCUCCUCGUCUUUGAACUCCUCCUCAGGUGGAGCUGAGAGUGAGCCGGGCCUAAAAGAACCAGGAGAAUCUGUCAGGUCCGAACAAACCCAGUCUGUGCAAAAACUGCAGAACCACAAGGUGAUAAGGAUCCAAACAAACUCACCUGACUCUGCGUACGGAGAGCAGAACGGACAGCCGCCAUGUUUAAUCUGAUGAAGAAGGACAAGGAGAAGGAGAGCAGCAAGAAGGAGAAGAAGAAGGAGAGGAUGUCCGCCGCYGAGCUGCGCAGCCUGGAGGAGAUGAGCAUGAGGCGCGGCUUCUUCAACCUGAAGAGGGAGGCCAGGAGGAACAAAGCGGACAUCUCCGGUCCCAUCCCCAUCAAGGUGGCCAGCAGCACCGAGCUGUCCCUCACCGACCUGGAGUCCGACGGCCUGAGCAACCGGAGCAGCGUGGUUCUGGAGGACCAGCUGAGCAUCAGCUCCACCGACGACCUGAAGGGUGAAGGAGGCCAGGAGGGACACCGCAGCUCGGUGAGAGACCGCGUGGCUCACUUUGGCUCUCUGGCCAAGCAGAACUCCUCUCAGGUGGGUCAGAUGAUGAAACGCUUCUCCUUCUCCCAGAGGAGCAAAGAGGAGAGCCCGUCGGAGUGCUCCACUCCUUCUGGACAGAACUCCGCCGCCCCGUCCCCGCAGGCCGAGAGCAAAGUGUUUAACAUGCUCCGCAAGCAGAGCCACAAGCUUCAGCCGGGACCUGCAGACCCCAAGAGAGUCUGCAUCCCUCAGCUGGUGGACAAGGUCUUCCCUGSCCAGCUGAGGCUGCCAGCUGUGGACUCGCCCAGCACCCCCGAGACCCGCCAACUGGACCUGCAGCGCCGCAACACCGGGGACUUCGGCUUCUCCCUGCGACGCACCACCAUGCUGGACCGAAACCCGGACGGAGGGGUGUACAGACGUGUGGUCCACUUUGCAGAACCCGGUGCCGGGACCAAAGACCUGGCUCUGGGGCUGGUGCCCGGGGACAGGCUGGUGGAGAUCAACGGACGCAACGUGGAGAACAAGAGCCGGGAUGAGAUCGUAGAGAUGAUCCGUCAGUCGGGAGACAUGGUGAAGCUGAAGGUUCAGCCCAUCCUGGAGCUGAGCGAGCUGAGCAGGUGCUGGCUGAGGAACUCUGAGGGUCUGCGCAGGGGGGCCCGCCACGACUGGGUGAAGGAGGAUCCUUUAGCCUCGUUCCAGGCCUCUGGUGUUGCAGAUAAACCGCCUCAGGUGAAGACCGAGGAGCAGAUUGCAGCGGAGCAGGCCUGGUAUGGUUCAGAGAAGGUCUGGCUUGUCCAUAAAGAUGGCUCCUCUUUGGCCACCGUGGUGAAGACUGAGGCUGGCUCUCUGCCAGAAGGGAAGGUGAAGAUCAAAUUGGAGCACGAUGGGACAUUACUGGAUGUAGAUGAAGAUGACAUUGAGAAGGCUAACCCUCCAUCGUACGACCGGUCAGAAGACCUGGCUUCGCUGCUCUACCUGAAUGAAUCCAGCGUGAUGCACUGCCUGAGGCAGCGCUAUGGAGGAAACCUCAUCCACUCUUUCGCUGGACCCAACAUGGUGGUCAUCAACCCACUCAGCGCACCCUCCAUGUACUCUGAGAAGGUGAUGCACAUGUUCAAAGGCUGUCGCAGAGAGGACACYGCUCCUCACAUCUACGCUGUGGCCCAGUCGGCCUACAGGAACCUGCUCACCACCCGCCAGGAUCAGUCCAUUGUGCUGCUGGGAAAGUCUGGCAGCGGCAAAACCACCAACUGCCAGCACCUKGUCCAGUACCUGGUCUCCAUCGCUGGAAGCACUGGCAAGAUCUUCUCUGCUGAGAAGUGGCAGGCCGUCUACACCAUCCUGGAGGCUUUUGGGAACAGCUCCACAGCGAUGAACACUAACGCCAGCCGCUUCUCUCAUGUGGUGUCUCUGGACUUCGACCAGGCGGGUCAGGUGGCCUCUGCCUCCAUCCAGACCAUGCUGCUGGAGAAACUGAGGGUGAGCAGAAGACCUGAAGCAGAGUCCACGUUCAACGUGUUUUACUACAUGAUGUCUGGAGCCGACAACAGUCUGAGAACUGAGCUGCACCUGAACCAACUUGCAGAAAACAGUGCUUUUGGGAUCCAUCCACUCUCCAAGCCCGAAGACAAGCAGCGGGCCUCCCAACAGUUCACUAAGCUCCAGGCAGCCAUGAAGGUGCUGGGCAUCUCUGGGGAAGAACAGAAGGCAGUCUGGCUUAUUCUAGGGGCUAUUUAUCAUCUGGGGGCCGCAGGAGGCACUAAAGUGGGACGUCGGCAGUUUGCCCGUCAUGAGUGGGCCCAAAAGGCAGCCUAUGUUCUGGGCUGCUCUCUGGAGGAACUGUCUUCUCUGAUCUUUAAGCAUCAGACCAGAGGACUGCAGCCCUCCACCUCCUUCAGAGGAGGGCCAGAUGAUGCUGGUCAAGGAGACGGAGCAGGCUCUAAGUUCACAGCUCUGGAGUGUUUGGAGGCCAUGGCAUCAGGACUGUACUCUGAGCUCUUCACUGUGGUCAUCUCUCUUAUUAACAGAGCUCUGAAGUCUAGUCAGCACUCUCUGUGCUCGCUGCUGAUUGUGGACACUCCGGGUUUCCAGAACCCCCGCCUGGCUCAGCAGCAGCGAGGGGCUACGUUUGAGGAGCUGUGCCACAACUACACCCAGGAGAGGCUGCAGACCCUGUUCCAUGAGCGCACCUUUGUCCGGGAGCUGGAGAGAUACAAGGAGGAGAACAUAGAGCUUGUUUUAGAUGACAUAGAGUCCAGUACCUCUCAGUCUGUAGCAGUUAUUGAUCAAGCCUCAGCCCAAGCUCUGGUCUGUAGCCUAGCCCGGACCGAGGAGGCUCGAGGUCUUCUGUGGCUGAUGGAGGAGGGGGCUGUUCAGCCUGGGGGGUCUGAGGAAACCAUGCUGGAGCGACUCUUCAGCUACUACAGCUCCAGACAAGGAGACAACAAAGGAGCCGGUCUGCUGCUGCGUGGAGAGAAGCCUCACCACUUCCUGCUGGGCCACAGCCACGGGACAGACUGGGUGGAGUACAACGUUCAGGGCUGGCUGAGCCACGCUAAGAACAAUCCUGCAGCCCAGAACGCUGCCGUGUUGCUGCAGGACUCUCAGAAGAAGAACAUCAGUGGUCUGUUUCUGGGCCGCUCUGGUGGGGCCACAGUGCUGUCGGGGUCUAUUGCAGGUCUGGAGGGAAGCUCCCAGCUGGCCCUGCGUCGAGCCACAAGCAUGAGGAAGACCUUCACCACAGGUGUGGCUGCUGUGAAGAAGAAGAGUCUGUGUAUCCAGGUCAAGCUGCAAGUGGAUGCUUUGAUUGACAUGGUGCGUCGCUCCAAAGUUCACUUUGUGCACUGCCUGCUGCCUAAAGCAGAGACAGUGGGAGGAGCCGAUGUGCGUGUAACCCAUGGUGAGAGUCUGGACUCUGGCCUCAUGACUCUGGACCUGCAGCUCCUCAGAGCUCAGCUUCGAGGAUCAAAGCUGCUUGAUGCUCUGCGCCUCUACAGGCAAGGGUACCCAGACCACCUGGUGUUCUCAGAGUUCCGGCGGCGCUUCGAUGUCCUGGCACCACAUCUAACCAAGAAACACGGGCGUAACUACAUCGUCACAGAUGAGAAGAGAGCGGUGGAAGAGCUGCUGGAGUCUCUGGAGCUGGAGAAGAACACCUACCACAUGGGUCUGAGCAGGGUCUUCUUCAGAGCGGGGACUUUGUCCAGGCUGGAGGAGCAGCGGGACGUCCAGACCAGGAGGAACAUCUCUCUGUUCCAGGCUGCCUGCAGAGGGUAUCUGUCCAGACAGGCCUUCAAGAAGAGGAAGAUCCAGAACCUGGCCAUCCGCUGCAUCCAGAAGAACAUAAAGAAGAAUCGUGGAGUAAAAGGCUGGCCCUGGUGGAAGCUCUUCACCACCGUCAGACCUUUGAUCGAGGUGCAGCUCACUGAGGAACAGAUCCGUGGCAAAGAUGAGGAGAUCCAACAGUUGAAACAGAAACUGGAGAAGGUUGAGAAGGAGAGGAAUGAGCUGAGGCUCAACAGUGACCGCCUGGAGAGCAGGAUCACAGAAMUGUCGUCAGAGCUGACUGAUGAGAGGAACACCGGGGAGUCAGCCUCCCAGCUGCUGGAGGCUGAGACUGCAGAGAGACUCCGUCUGGAUAAAGACUUGAAGGAGCUGCAGAGCAAGUUUGACAGCAUGAAUAAACAGAUGGAGUCCAUGGAGAUGGAGGUGAUGGAAGCUCGCCUCAUCAGGGCGUCUGAGCUGAACGGAGAGAUGGACGAUGACGGCACAGGAGGAGARUGGAGGCUGAAGUAUGAACGAGCCAUCAGAGAGAUUGAAUUCACCAAGAAGAGACUGCAGCAGGAGUAUGAUGACAAGCUGGAGGUGGAGCAGCAGAACAAACGACAGCUGGAGAGACGGAUCAGCGAUCUGCAGGCAGAUAACGAGGAGUCUCAGAGGAACAUUCAGCAGCUGAAGAAGAAAACCCAAAGACUGACGUCUGAAUUACAGGACACCAAACUCCACCUGGAGGGCCAACAGAGCCGCAACCAUGACCUGGAGAAGAAGCAGAGGAAGUUUGAUGGGGAGCUGAGUGGMGCACAGGAGGAGGUGCAGAGGGAGAGGAGUCUGAGGGAGAAACUGGCUCGAGAGAAGGACACGCUGAGUGCAGAAGUCUUCAGCCUGCGCCAGCAGCUGGAGGACAAAGACACUGAACUGUGUGCAGUUAACCUGAAGUUGGACCAGUUUGAAGCAGAACUGCAGGAUCUCAACUCCCAGGAGUCCAAGGACGAGGCAUCGCUGGCUAAGAUGAAGAAGCAGCUUCGUGACAUGGAAGCCAAGGUCAAGGACCAGGAGGAGGAGCUGGAUGAGCAGGCUGGCACCAUCCAGAUGUUGGAGCAGGCCAAGCUGCGUCUGGAGAUGGAGAUGGAGCGUCUGCGUCAGAGCCAUUCAAAGGAGAUCGAGAGCAAAGACGAUGAAGUGGAGGAGAUAAGACAGUUGUACAGUAAGAAGCUGAAGCAGAUAGAGGUGCAGCUUGAAGAAGAGUAUGAUGAGAAGCAGAAGGUGCUGAAGGAGAAGAGAGAGCUGGAAUCAAAGCUCCUGUCAGCACAGAGUCAGGAGAAAGGUGCAGACAUGGAGACAGAGAAGCGCUUGAGGAAGGACCUGAAGAGGACCAAGGCUCUGUUGGCUGAUGCUCAGAUCAUGUUGGACCACAUCAAGAACAACGCACCCAGCAAGAGGGAGAUCGCCCAGCUCAAAAACCAGCUGGAGGAGUCAGAGUUCACGUGUGCAGCUGCAGUUAAAGCUCGGAAAGCCAUGGAGGUGGAGAUGGAUGACCUGCACGUUCAGAUGGAGGACACCUCCAAAGCUAAGCAGGCGUUUGAGGAACAGCUGAGCCGCCUGCAGAGAGAGAAGAACGAGCUGCAGUCCAAAAUGGAGGAGGACCAGGAGGACCUGAACGAGCUGAUGAAGAAGCACAAAGCUGCCGUGGCCCAGUCGGCCCAGACCUUGGCCCAGAUCAGUGACAUGCAGUCCCAGCUGGAGGAGGCCCUCAAGGACAAGCAGGAGGUUCAGGAAAAGAUGCAAGUGCUCCAGAGCCAGCUAGAGUUCCAGGAGCAGUCCAUGGUGGAGAAAUCUCUCGUCACUCGUCAGGAGGCUAAAGUACGGGAGCUGGAGACAAAGCUGGAGUUUGAAAAGACGCAGGUCAAACGGCUGGAGAACGUGGUGGCUCGUCUAAAGGAGAACGUGGAAAAGCUGACAGAAGACAGGGACCAGCGUUUCAGCAGCGAGAACCGUGAGAAGGAGCAAAACAAACGUCUGCAGAGACAGAUCCGAGACAUCAAAGAAGAGAUGGGGGAACUGGCCAAGAAGGAGGCUGAAGCGAGCCGCAAAAAGCAUGAGCUGGAGAUGGACAUCGAGAGCUUAGAAGCAGCCAAUCAGAGCCUACAGGCUGACCUGAAGCUGGCCUUUAAACGCAUCGGUGACCUGCAGGCUGCCAUCGAAGAUGAGAUGGAGAGCGAGGACAACGAAGACCUUAUCAACAGUCUGCAGRACAUGGUGACAAAGUAUCAGAAAAGAAAGAACAGAACCAGUCAGGGACUUUCAGACUCGGACUCWGAAGGGGAGGACCGUGUGGACGGGGUAAAGUCUUGGUUGUCUAAAAGUAAAUGCUCCACCAAGAACCUGUCUGAUGACGGCAGCCUGAAGAGUUCCAGAUUUGCUGUAAAUGUAGACAUGAAGGAAGGGAAAGAGUGGAAAGAGUUUAAGGAGGUAACCAAAGAGGACAAGGAGUUAGAGAGCCACAGGCCGCUGUCAGUGAUGAGCUCCUUAAGUUACAGGAAACUGUCCAGCCUGGACUCUGCUAAGGACUCUGAGGACCCUCCGUCCUUCCAGAAGUCCAGGUCCAGAGCCUCUGACCUUCACGAUGACGCUCAGUCUGUGAGCUGCAGGAAGAGCUCGGCGCUGCAGGAGGACAUCGGUGGCAGAGAGUCUGUGGUCUCCCAGGCGUACUCAGAGGCAAACAGCAGAGCCAGGAGGGGUCUGGAGAGCCGCUGGACUCAGGCAGACACAGACUCUUGUGUUUCCUUCGCUCGGCCUUCAACCAACCUCAGCUUCCUGUCAGACUGUCAGCCCGGCAGCAGCUCGGGCCURUCCGGCUCUCAGGCCCUCCAUCGAAGCGCCUCGCGGUCAGCGUACGGCAGCGGUCCCAGCAGCCCCUGCUUCAGCCGGCGCUCGCAGAGCCGCAGUCCAGGAAGCGUGAGCCGGGCCGGCUCCCGCAGCCGUCUGAGCCUCCUGGACGUGGACGACAGCUGGAGCGUGGCCUUCAGCGAGCGGUCCGCAUACAGUCCUCACUCAGGUCGCAGCGUGUCCAUGCCUCCGCCACAAGCCCGGCCGGCUGCCGAGCUGCACUCGGUGGACGACUCGGACAUCAAGCCGGUCAGCCACCGCAGCUACCUGGACCCGGACCUGGAGAAGGCCAUCAACGAGGUGCUGAGCUUUAAACCCAUCAAGUUCAAACGCAGGAGCUUAGAGGACUCUGCUGAUGAGAACAGUAAAGACCAGGAGACAAGUCUGGGCAACAGAGACGGUCCUCGUCCCACCAGCAGUCUCAGGCACUCUGUCUCUGCUGUGGACUGCAGGACAUCAUCAUCAUCAUCAUCAUCACUGCGCAGCGCCAGCAGCUGCAGCAAGAAGAAAAGCAAGAAGAAGAGAAGUACCAGCUCUGAGUCCCACCGUCACAGGAGCAGCUCCAAAAGGAGGAGCAAGAAGUCCAAGAAGAAGAGUCGCUCCUCCUCCUCCUCCUCCUCCUGCUCCUCCUCAGAGUCUGGGUCCAGCUCCGACGCUUCAACCAUCUCAUACCGAAGUUCCAGCAGUGUGAAGAAGGCUCCGACCAAAACCACGUCAGACCCAGACCUGGAGGAGGGGCCUGCCGAGGCUCCGCCUGGAAACAGGAAGGAGGAGAAGAAGAGGAAGAAGAAGGUGGACAGUCUGAUGAUGAAGUACUUGUACCGAGCCGACAGUGACUGAAGCACACACCCUCCAGGCCGAAGGCGCUACUGCUUAGACAGAUCUGACGAUGAGGAGGAGGAGAACGAGGAAGGUGCAACAACUCUCAGCAGAUACUG